AUGAGCGAGCCGCAGGAGCCAGUGCCGGAGGACCACCCUCCUCCCUACAUCAUCUUCGUGGUGGUGUUCUUCUUCUUCGUCACGGGGCUGUGUGGCUUCCUCAUCUGCCACCUGCUCAAACAGAAGGGCUACAGCUGCCACAUGAAGGAGGACGAGGUUGAGGAGCAGGACCAGCUACAGGGAGAGGACGAGGACGAUGAUGAAAACCAGGACACAGUGGAGCAGAUCCUCAAAUGCAUCAUCGAAAACGAAGCCAACAUGGAGGCCUUCAACGAGAUGGUGGGAAACCGCAGCGUGUGUGUGCGCCACGACCCGAGGCUGCGUAAGGAGUCAAUCGGCGGCGUUCCUCUGCACAUGCACACGGUCCACGCGGGCUCGGACCUCCACAACACGUGCCACCUGUGCGCCCAGAGCCGGAACAAGAGGAGCCAGCGCAGGGGCAGCCGGACCCCCCGCCUGCGAGCCCGACCAGGGGAGCAGACGGUCUUCUCUGUGGGCAGAUUCCGAGUCACACACAACGACAAGAAGAACCCUGAAGGCGGCGGCAGAGUCCCGGACGUGUUGGUGGGUUCUGGGGAGGGUCUGAACCAAUCCCAAGACAGCUACGAGCGCAGAGACGGCGGCUACAACCUGCGCAACAUGUUCAAAGACCCUCGCCCGCCUCCCGACGGCGGCCUGGCUCCGAACGCCGGCAAGAGACGCAGAAGCCUGACCUUGUUCGGGUUGCGGCGAGGCAGCGACCCCACCGGAGUCAAGGUGGUCAGCUCCGGAAGAGAAGGGGUGAAGUUCAUACCACAGCCGAUCGUGUUGGAGGAACCUCAAACAGAGACCGGGGAAAACGAUGGCAGAGUAGGCAGCGUGACCAUCGUGAAAGCUAGCCCAGAUAGCAAGAGGGAGUUUUCUGUGGUCACGAUGGCGGAGGAUCAGGACGUGGCGUCAACGGCAGCGGUAGAAGCAGAAAAGGAAGGGGGAGAGGAGCCUCUGCCCCAGCCUCUGCCCCAGCCUCUGCCCCCAGCCUCUGCCCCCAGCCUCUGCCCCCAGCCUCUGCCCCCAGCCUCUGCCCCCAGCCUCUUGCCCCCAGCCUCUGCCCCCAGCCUCUGCCCCCAGCCUCUGCAGUGUGUGCCCGGUGUGCUGAAAAUGGUCCAGGAGUUCCAUGUCCUCCGCUGCUACUCCUGCCAAGUCUUCCAGGUCCAACAGGUGAAGAAGGUGAACAAAUGGAUCUGUAAGAUGUGUGGGCAGAAGCAGUCGGUGGUGAAGGAGUUUGGCCGAGGCUCCGGGGCCGACUGCAGACGCCACGUUCAGAAACUCAACGCUGCCAGAGGAGCCAUAAUGGAGGAGCACAGGGCCCACCCGGUCUCUGAAGAUCACAGGGAUGAAGAGUUUGAUGAAGAGGAGCAGCUGUCGCACGAAUCAGUGAGUCGCUGGGACAAGUACCGAUCUGCCCCAUGUGAGGAGGCGGAGCUUACACCUCAGGGGGCGGAGCCAGAUGACCAGGAGUCAGUGGUGCUGGACAGGAACCUGUUGAGAGAUCAGAGCAGCUCCAGGAAGAGGAGGAGGCCCAGUGUCCCGCAGCAUGUGUCCGAGGACCAUGAGCGUCAGAGUCCUCCUGCAGCCUCAAGGAUCAGAGCGAGCCCGAUCAGAGGGAGUCCACCCAGAGCUGUGUCCAAGUGGAGCAGCUUCUUAAACACUACACAAACCACUGCUUCUGGAGCCUCCACCUCCAUUAUGUUCCAGAGCGAAGAGGACUUUGAUCUGGACCUGAACUGGACCUGA